AAGGACCCCUGCUAAUAUUGUAAAAAGUCACUUUGUACCUUUUCCAGCUGCUCUUGAUCGCUAAAUACCCAGUUGCCAGUAUCCAAAAUAAACAAGUAGACCACCCACCCACCGCCAACCUCUAUUUCUCCCCACCGACGACCCCUUCUUCUAUCACAACAAUUUCGAAUCGCACAUUUACUGCUGCUUCUUUUUAGAUCUUCAGUUUUUCUCGAUUUUCUUAUUCAAAUACAACCCACAUUUUACAAGUUCAUACACCGCUAGAAUCGUCAAGAUGUCGGUCGUUUCUCUGCUCGGCGUCAACAUUCUGAACAACCCAGCCAAGUUCACCGACAACUACGUGUUCGAGAUUACGUUCGAAUGUCUCGAGCAGCUUGAGAAGGACUUGGAGUGGAAGUUGACCUACGUCGGCUCUGCGACCUCCGACCAGUACGAUCAAGAACUUGACUCCCUUCUCGUCGGGCCAAUUCCUGUCGGCGUCAACAAAUUUAUCUUCGAGGCGGAUGCUCCCAAGACCACCCGUAUUCCCGAUGCCGACAUUCUCGGUGUCACCGUCGUCCUUCUGACCUGCUCUUACGACGGUCGCGAGUUCGUUCGCGUUGGAUACUAUGUCAACAAUGAGUACGAGUCGGACGAGCUAAACGCGGAUCCCCCUGCCAAGCCUAUCGUCGAGAAGAUCCGCCGCAACGUUCUUGCCGACAAGCCCAGAGUCACACGCUUUGCCAUCAAGUGGGAUUCCGAGGCAUCUGCACCUCCUGAGUUCCCUCCCGAGCAGCCUGAGGCAGAUCUCCAGCCCGACGAGGACGAGUACGGAGCUGAAGAACUCGACGAGGAUGCCGAAGAGGAGGAGGGAGCAGAAGCCGCAGCCGAUAACGCAGGUGAAACUAGUGCCGCUGCCGUCGCAGCUGACGGGGAUGCCGAGAUGGCAGGUGUUGAGGAGAGUGGAGAGCCUGCCGAGGAGGACGAGUUGUCUGACGAAGGUAGCGUCGACCUCGAGAACGAAAGUGAGGAUGAUCUUGAGGAGGAAGGCGAGGGCGAAGCUGUCGAGGGUGGCGAUGAUGCCAUGGAGGUUGACGAGAAGCCAGCCGAGUCCGCCAAACCUCAAGAGGUCAUGGCCCAUUAAGCUUGACUUAAUUACAAGUCAUGCCUAAUUCGAGCAGUUCCUUACGGGUUUACGAACAUGUGGUGGUGGUGGUAUUCUACACGAAGUUAUGAAGGGGUUCGGGAUGUAUCGGUGGUUGGCGGUUGGUGGUUGGCUAAUGACGGGGGCAUGACUACUUUGCAGUGGGUGGCUAAACAUUGCUUAUAGACAUUGGCUUCUUGCUGAACAAAUACGAAAUGAUCAAUUAACGUUGAAUUUCUUCGAUUCCUUUCAUUGAAGUGGUGUUUGUAAGGCUUACCUUUGAUGGG